CGAGUACCAGUUUAACCUCACUCCCAACAACCAUGCGCCAACGACAACCACCCGUAGAUGUGUGAAUAUGGCGAGCUCAUCAGCUGGAUAUUUUCAUCCAUUGGAGCAAGCAGGCUCAUCUUCCUCGAGUCGGAGUCCGCCGAAACCAGCUGCAAUCGAUGAGGAUAGCGAUAAUGACGCGGCAAGCUCCCCUGGGGACCAGGGCUUACUUACGGACGAUCCACUCGAAGCAGAUAGCGAGGAUAUAGUAUCGUUCAAACGGAAGCAAAAGCAAACAGCCGGCUCACGGUUCUUGUCAGCUAUCUCUGGGAACGGCUCGAACUCGCGGCAAGCUACACCCUCACCAAUCCGCGGCGGCACACCGACCUUGGAUACCUGCAGACUGUUGGGAUUGGAUACAGUUGGGAUGGGAAGAAAUGCGGGAAGUAAUUCAAAAGAUGGGGGGCCGCUGGAUUGGUAUGUUGAGGGGCCGGGUCGAAGAGUUGGAUACCAGGAUUUGACGGCAAUCGAUUGGAUUUUUGAAUACACAAAAGAACGACAGCGUCUGCGAACGUUGUAUUCGAGUGCGUCGGGUCUACUUGGGUAUGCGGUACAAUUUUGGGAUGCAAGCCAGGUCUGGAUUCUCCUCAUCUUGACCGGCCUUGCAGCAGGUGUUUUCGCUGCAUCGAUUGACGUCGCCAGCGACUGGCUGGGGGAUGCGAAGACAGGUUACUGCUCAGCUGGAGAAGGCGGCGGGCAUUUUUACCUGAACAAGUAUUUCUGUUGUUAUGGAUAUGAUGAAUUGGCGCAAUGUGGAGAUUGGGUUCCUUGGAGUCUUGCAUUGCAUAUAAACUCGAAGGGAGGUAAAUGGUCUAUAGAAUAUUUCUUCUUCAUUAUGUUUUCGGUGUUAUUUGCUAUAUCUGCGAGCGUCUUGGUGAAAGAGUUCGCGUUAUACGCAAAACAUAGUGGAAUCCCUGAGAUCAAAACGGUAUUGGGAGGCUUCGUGAUUCGGCGUUUUAUGGGUGUUUGGACUUUGGCAAUCAAGUCCUUAGGACUGUGCCUCGCAGUUGCGUCGGGGAUGUGGCUUGGGAAAGAAGGACCACUUGUGCAUGUUGCGUGUUGCUGCGCAAACCUUUUCAUGAAACUGUUCGGUAGUAUAAAUGACAACGAAGCUCGAAAACGCGAAGUCCUAUCUGCUGCCGCUGCAGCGGGUAUAUCUGUUGCAUUCGGAUCUCCCAUCGGCGGAGUUCUGUUCAGUCUUGAACAACUAUCUUACUAUUUCCCGGACAAAACCAUGUGGCAGAGUUUCGUCUGUGCCAUGACUGCAGCGGUCACCUUACAAGCCUUGGACCCAUUUCGCAGUGGAAAGCUUGUGUUGUAUCAAGUCACAUAUAGCUCGGGCUGGCAUGGAUUCGAAAUGGUUCCCUAUGCAAUAUUGGGAGUCUUUGGUGGCAUAUAUGGCGGGUUGUUCAUCAAAGCGAACAUGAAGGUCGCUCAGUGGAAGAAAGCAGCUAAAUGGCUGCCUGGACCCGUGAUACAAGUAAUGCUCGUUGCAUUACUCACAGCUCUGGUCAACUACCCGAAUUUCUACAUGCGGGCACAGUCGUCCGAGCUCGUGUAUUCCUUGUUCGCAGAGUGUUCCAAGGUCCUAGAUGACCAAUUCGGACUCUGCAAAACGGGAUCGGCUACGGCCAACACCGUGUUCCUGCUCAUAUUUGCCGCCAUACUCGGUUUCUUCUUGGCAUCAAUAACUUUCGGGUUGCAAAUACCAGCUGGCAUAAUUUUGCCUUCAAUGGCAAUUGGUGCACUUUUCGGUCGAGCCGUGGGCAUCGUCAUGGAAAUUUGGGUGCAUAAUCACCCAACAUUCUUUCCCUUCGCGUCUUGCGAACCAGAUAUUCCCUGUGUUACGCCUGGGACGUAUGCCAUCAUUGGUGCAGCUGCAGCUCUCGGAGGCGUCACUCGAAUGACAGUGUCUAUUGUCGUUAUCAUGUUUGAGCUAACAGGAGCUCUCACAUACGUCCUCCCUAUCAUGAUUGCAGUCAUGAUCAGCAAAUGGGUUGGUGAUGCAUUUGGGAAGAAGGGGAUCUACGAAAGCUGGAUCCAACUCAACGAAUAUCCCUUUUUAGAUAACAGCGAUGAAGCGCUCAUACCCGACAUACCGGUUAGCCAAAUCAUGACUCGGAUUGAAGACCUUAUAGUCUUGACUGCAACAGGCCACACAAUCGCAAGCCUCACACAUAUAUUGGCAACGCAGCCUUAUCGUGGCUUCCCAGUGAUCUCAGAUCCGAGGGAAGCUAUUCUUCUCGGCUACAUUUCACGAGCCGAACUUGAAUACAAUCUACAAUCAGCAACACAAACACCGCGCUCUCUCCCACCAGAGACAGAAGCCUUUUUCUCCCAUCAACCCCUCGCUGACCCAAGUACGACACUCGACCUCCGGCCUUGGAUGGACCAAACACCCCUCACUCUCCCAUCCCGCUCAAGUCUCCUUCUCACGGCUAACUACUUCCAAAAACUCGGGCUUCGCUACGUCUUAUUCAGCGAUAAAGGAGUCUUGCAAGGAAUAUUGACGAAGAAAGACGUCUGGUAUGUGCUGAAUGGGGCAGAAGAAACGAGGAGGACGAUGGGAACAGAUGUCACGACUGGUCUUGCACGAGAAGAUGGAGAAGGCGAGGAAAGAGGUUUGUUGAAUAAUGACGGAGAGAGUGUGGAUACGACGCCCACAAGCCCUGCGAAUGAUGUACCUAUAUUGUGAUUAUACAUUGGCAAUGCAUCUUGUAUGUCUGAGCCCCUGUGGCG